AUGGGCUCUGCUUUUUCCAAAUCGAGCCACUCCACAAACGAUUUCGAAUUGGCUAUCAAGUCCUCCAAGGAACUGGAAUGGGUCCUUGAAGACGCCUUUGGGGCGACGGGGAAAGGGUUGCAUGAGAAAAUUUCUUCCGCAGCCAUUGUUAAUCCCGACCUCUCGCAGUCAUUGGUACGCAACAUGAGGUAUCUGGCUACAAUCCGCAACAAACUGGUACACGAAAGAGGCUUUGACGCAAUUCCAGAUAGGAAACGCUUUAUUGAAAAGUUUGAAGCAUCCCAGGAAGAACUGAAAACCAGUAUCAUCCAGUUCCAGAACCGAAACAAAAAAGCAAAGACCAUGACGGCUGCUGCAAGUGAAAAUUGUAUUGUCAUGUAG